AAAACGCUGUCGUAUCAACGUAUCUAAACGGCAACGGCUAUGACCGUUUAGUACGACUCACCUUCGUCACCGAGGUUUACAAAACCUCAGCUAGGGUUUCUCCACAUCAACCUCGAAAAAAAUGGAAUUCGAGAAGAGGAAAGCCGCGACGCUAGCCUCAAUCCGCUCAUCAGUAACCGACAAGUCUCCGAAAGGCUUCCUCGACGAGCCCAUCCUCCAUCUCCUCGAAACCAUCAACCACCACCCUUCCUACUUCACCACCAGCUCCUGCUCCGGUCGAAUCUCAAUCCUCUCCCAACCCAAACCACAAUCAACAAACCCUUCAACCAAGAAGAAAGCUCGCGGAGGGUCGUGGCUCUACAUCACGCACGAUCCGGCAGAUCCGGAGUCAGUACUCCACCUCCUCUUCCCUCCACAUCCACCAACUCAGAUUACUGAUCCGCUCGAUCAGCCCAGCGAGUUGGUCUUCCGAUUCGAGCCGUUGAUCAUCGCGAUAGAGUGCAAGGACGUGAGGUCUGCUCAGUUUCUCGUGGCGACGGCUAUCUCCGCGGGGUUUAGAGAGUCGGGGAUCACGUGUUGCGGCGAGGGUAAAAGGGUAAUUAUAGCGAUACGGUGUUCGAUUCGGAUGGAGGUGCCUUUGGGUGAUACGGGGAAGGUUAUGGUUUCGCGGGAGUAUGUGAGGUUUCUUGUUGAUGUUGCUAAUGAGAAGAUGGUUGCUAAUAGGAAGAGGACUGAUGGGUUUGGUUUAGCUUUGUUAAGUAACGGUUUCAAGAAUCCAGAUGAUGCUAAUGAUGUAGACGAAGAUGAUAAUUUCGAGAAACUAGCUGGAAAUGACGAGUCGAGUAUCAACAAUGGUGACUUGCUUCCUGGGCCUCAUCAAGAUCUUAUGCCGCUCUCAACAAUAUCCAUCACCGGGGAAUCUGUUGAGAAGCUUCACCUUUGGGGACAUGCAGCUUGUACGAUAGAUAAAACAGACCGAAAAGAAGUUAUUGUGUUUGGUGGCUUUGGCGGUUUUGGUAGACAUGCUCGACGAAACGAGUCUAUGUUGCUUGACCCUUCAUGCGGCACCUUAAAGUUGGUCGCAGUCAGUGAAUCUCCUUCACCACGACUUGGACAUACUGCUUCAAUGGUGGGCGAUUGCAUGUUUGUGAUUGGAGGAAGAGCUGAUCCCUUAAAUAUUCUGAAUGAUGUGUGGAUGCUUGAUAUAUCCACGUGUGAAUGGAGCUCACAGAGAUGCAUUGGAUGUGAAGUUCCUCCAAGGCAUCGUCAUGCAGCAGCCAGUAUUGGCUCAAAUGUUUAUAUAUUUGGUGGGCUUAACCAGGAUAAGAUAUUAUCCUCGUUGCACUUUUUGGAUACAAAGAACCUUCAGUGGAAAGAAAUUGAACAGAGAGGUCCAUGGCCCUGUGCGCGCCAUUCUCAUGAUAUGGUUGCAUAUGAGUCUCAGUUAUUCAUGUUCGGAGGAUACAAUGGUGAAAAGGUACUAGAUGAUCUAUAUAGUUUUGACGUCCAAAGCUGUUCUUGGAAACUUGAAAUGGUUUCAGGAAAAUGGCCUCAGGCCAGGUUCUCACACUCGAUGUUUGUGUAUAAACAUGUUAUUGGCAUAAUUGGAGGCUGCCCUGUUUCACGAAACUGCCAUGAUUUGGUUCUGCUAGAUCUGAAGCACCGGCUGUGGAGGAGUGUGAGACUGGACUUUAUGAACAAAGAGUUAUUAGUUCGAAGUACAGCUAGUGUGAUUGGUGAUGAUCUUAUUGUUAUUGGGGGUGGAGCUGCCUGCUAUGCGUUUGGGACAAAGUUUAGUGAACCAGUGAAAAUCAACUUGCUUCAAUCAUUGACUAUGAGUGAAAAUGAUGUUGAGGCUUCUAUAGAAGUGAAAACUGAAGCUUCUCUGUCUCAACCCUGUGUCAUACAGUUAGAAAGAAAGUAUGCAAAGUUGGGCAAGGACAUACUUAAAAACUUUGGAUGGUUAGACCUUGAGAGGAAAGUUUAUUCACACGAGAAAGGUCUUUAUAUCUGCUUCCCUGUUACCGAAAAGUUGUCUGCCCUCUUUCAUGAAAAGCAGCUUUUGGACAAGGAUUUAGAAGGGUCAGAAGAUAAUCACCUUACCAGCCAACUCACAAAGGGUCUAUCACCGAAGGAAAUAUCCAGCUCCGUGGCUUUGAAUCUGUUAAAGGAACUUGGUGCUAGAAAAUUCACUAAUGUAGCUGUUGAAGCCAAAAAAGUAGCAAAGUCCCCUUUACAAAGAAUGAAAGAAGCUGUUACGUCUAUACUUAAACAGAAAGGUCUACCUGAGGAGCUUUUGGAUGAGCUUCCACAGAAGUAA